GCAACACUCGCGAGUAUAUAAUUUACUGUAGUUUCUAGGCAACGAAAUUGAUCGGUUUCUACGAGAUUCAUAUAAAUUUCGCACACAAAAUACCGUAUUUAAACUUAUGUUCCGCUUUUCGAAUUAUAUUUAAUUAAGACGGGUAUAAGUUAGACUAAAGUUGAUACGUUUUCAGAUGAUUUCACGUCAAUUUCUUCGUUCGAUACAUACAAAUUAUGUACUUGGGUCCAAGAAGACAUUAUUGAGCAAAUUACGCAAGAAAACUGGGUACACAUUCGUAAACUGUAAAAAGGCAUUAGAAAUAAAUGACAACGAUGUAGAAAAAGCUGAAGUAUGGCUAAAGGAACAGGCCCAGACUCAAGGAUGGACCCAAGCUGUAAAACUGCAAUCCAGGGUGACUACUCAAGGAUUAGUAGCAAUGAUCACGAACAACAGUCACGGAGCACUUGUGGAAAUUAAUUGCGAAACAGACUUCGUCGCGAGGAAUAAGAAAUUUCACGAUCUAGCAGAGAUUAUACUUUCCGCUGUAUUAAAACACGGGAUGACGAUGAAACAAAGUUCGUUGGUCAACAGAACGUUAUUAUACGCAGAAUCUAUUAAUGAAUUACAUGCCACUGACGGCAAAAGUCUAGGCGAUCACUCUGCCUUAACUAUUGGAACUGUAGGAGAAAAUAUUAAUAUAAGGCGUGCGCUGUGUAUGAGCGUGCAACCAGGUGUACAUUUAUACGGUUGUACUCAUCCAACACCCGUAAAUCCAGUUCCGUCGUCUUUUGGACGGUACGGAGCUCUGGUGGCUUUAAAAUCUGAGGAAAGGAAAGAUGUUUUAGGCAUGCAGCUCUGUCAACACGUUAUUGGCAUGAAUCCAGUCAAGGUCGGUGAUCCAAAGGUUGACGAACCUAACGAUAAUACAGACGAUGAAGCUGUGAUGCUGUAUCAAGAGUUUCUCCUCGAUCCUUCUAUGUCUGUGCAACAAUUAUUGCAAAGUGAACAAGCCGAAAUUUUGGAUUUCGUACGGUUCGAAAUGGGUGAGACCCUUGAAAACAGACAGACGUUGGACUCUGUAGAAACUUGCGGUUAAGAUAUAUCUCAUAUUCGUUCGCUAUAGGCGCCUGUAUUCACCGCAAAUGAGUUUUGAGAAAGCAUGAGUAUUUCGGAAGAAAAAAACGUCAUAUUUCCAUAACAAAAUGUCGAUUGUACAGAUGCGUAACUUGCUUUAUUGUCCGAUGCAAGUAAAAUACCGGAUUUUAUUGCAUUUUUUUCAUUAUGCACAAAUUAUUGUAACAAAGUUGAAAAUUAAUUAUGUAAAUUAUAUGAUAUGAAAACUAAAUUUUAGAAAUUAGGGAAUGUUCUUAUUCUCAUAGACUCCUCGAAAAAUAAACUCGAUUUAAAAUACGGAUAAAAUAGCUAAUAAGCUAGUACUUUACAUUUAAAUUUGUAAAAUAUUAUACUCGAUAAUAUGAGCAGA